ACCAACUAGUUGUUUGAAGGUGAACAACCCCUUUAAGAAGACUAUGGACUGUAAAUUAAAGAAUGGCCUUGGACUAUCUAGACUGGGGUCGGGGAAUAUUGCAAUAUUUAAGGUCAACCGAGAUGUUUAUAUGGAGUGGACCUCCGCUAAGGGAUUUGGUUCUUCUAUAGGCAAUUCUUGCCCUUGGCUUUGGAGAUAUUGGGGUUUAGGGAUUUAACCCCAUCAUAAGUGGAACAUCUAGAUAUGGAAUAUGGAAUAUAUAAUAUCUGUAGAUGUCAAACUGAGAAUUCCAGCACAGUUAUGACUUCCGACAGAUCAUUGUGACGUCAUAUGAUGGGAAUGUACUUUUUAACCCUUUAAAUACCCCUCAUUUUGGCCUCCUCACUAUGUACAGAUUUAAGAACUAAUGCUGCAGUAUUUUCAGGCUCCCAUGUGACCCCUCUCCCCUUUUUUUUUCUUCUUAAUUUGGCAUUAAAAUCUCCACAAAUACUUGGACGUUUCCCCCCCCCCCCCCAAAUGGAUAAUCUAUUUGUUGCACAUCAACUUAAAGAAAAGAGGGAGAAAAAAAUCACUUUAGCAGAAGUUGGACUUUUCAAAUCGAUUAACAGAUGUUCCUCUGGCAGCUGCAGGGGGGGGGUUGCACAAUCGCUGGGUUAUUCGUGGAAGCGUUUGUUUUAGGGCUUGGACAGCCUUUGAAAAUCUAUUAGCACAUAAAUUACAUAAACGACAUCAGGAGGAGGUCGGGACUUGGAGCGAGAGAUCUUCAUUUGCGCGGAGGGCGUUGUCCUAUCGCCAGAGAACUCUAAGCAGCAGCGUUCGCUCCCGAAUCCAAUGGAUCUCGUUUAUUUCUCUCGUCCCUCAGCUUCGACUUGGACUUCAGACUUGUGAUCAAUUCCUAAUCUGUGGACAUUUCAGUUUGGAGGAGAAGCUUCUGGGCUGGUGGGCAGUGCAAUGGUCUCUCAGCACUUUGUGGUUCUGCUCAUGUCUCUCUAUUGUCUGACCCAGUCUGUGGUGGAGAGCAGCUCCUGGUGGUCGUUAGGCAUGAACCCGGUGCAGAUGCCGGAGGUUUAUAUCAUCGGGGCUCAGCCGCUGUGCAGCCAACUGUCUGGGCUAUCGCAGGGUCAGAAGAAGCUCUGCCAACUGUACCAGGACCACAUGCAGUUUAUUGGAGACGGGGCCAAGACUGGGAUCAAGGAGUGUCAGUACCAGUUCAGGCACCGGAGGUGGAACUGCAGUACCGUGGAUAACACCUCAGUGUUUGGGAGAGUCAUGCAGAUAGGUAGCAGGGAGACCGCCUUUACUUACGCCAUCAGCGCUGCAGGAGUAGUGAACGCAGUGAGUCGCGCCUGCCGAGAGGGGGAGCUCUCUACUUGUGGCUGCAGCAGAGCCGCCCGACCCAAGGACCUGCCCCGGGACUGGCUAUGGGGCGGCUGUGGCGACAACCUGGAUUAUGGCUACAGGUUUGCCAAGGAGUUUGUCGAUGCCCGGGAAAGGGAGAAGAUUUACCAGAAAGGAUCAUAUGAGAGUUCAAGGAUUAUGAUGAAUCUCCACAAUAAUGAGGCCGGAAGGAGGGCAGUAAGUACCUUGGCUGAUGUCGCCUGCAAGUGCCAUGGAGUCUCCGGUUCUUGUAGCCUUAAAACUUGUUGGCUUCAGCUGGCGGACUUCCGCAAGGUAGGGGACCACUUAAAGGAGAAAUACGACAGCGCGGGAGCCAUGAAGCUGAACACUAGAGGAAAGCUAGUGCAAGUCAACAAUAAGUUUAACUCACCCACAAUGAAUGAUCUGGUUUACAUCGACCCCAGCCCGGAUUACUGUGUGCACAAUGAAAGUACUGGAUCCUUGGGGACCCAGGGCAGGCUAUGCAAUAAAACGUCCGAGGGGAUGGAUGGAUGUGAGCUCAUGUGCUGUGGAAGGGGCUACGACCAGUUCAAAACGGUACAGACUGAGAGGUGUCACUGCAAAUUCCACUGGUGCUGCUACGUCAAAUGCAAAAAAUGCACCGAAGUCGUUGACCAGUUUGCAUGCAAGUAGAACUCCAAGCACAGACCUUAGGACCUAUAUCAGAUAUCAGCUUUUUUUUUUAUUUAUAGACAUCACAUGGGAGUUGCAGACAGAAAGGCUUCUGGGUCCACCUCUCCUCGGUAUCAAACAACCAGCCUGGAAUAUAAAGAAACAAA